AAUGUCAUUAGCAUUUGACAUUAAUAUAAAUUUUGGUCCAAGUAAAUUGUACUGAAACAUAUUAUUAUUUCAAAAUGAAUGAGAAUAAAUCGUUUUCUGAGAAGGAGAUGUUGAUUGUGAUAAAAGAACUAUUGAAAAGGGAUGGAUACUUGAAUAAACUGUCAGCCGAGGUACGAGCAAAAGUCACUGAAAUUCUACAAGAGAGACAAAACAGUACACAGAAAAAUCCACCCCCCGUCCCGAAUGAAGAAGUCUCAUUGAUCAACCAUUUAGUCUUAGAGUAUUUGGAGUGGAAUGGAUAUUUAUAUACUGCAGCUGUCAUGGCUUCGGAAGCCAACACUGUAGAGAAGAGGACCAGAGCAGACCUGUGUGCAGAAGUCGGGGUCAAGGAUGAUGAGAAGUCCUCCACCUUGCCACUGCUAUCGAAUGUCGUGACAGCAUACACGGACAGGAUUAAGAGGAAAAUAAAUAAAUGCAAGAAGGGCUAUUAAUUUCGAUUUUAAUUAAACCACAAUUGUUUUGAAUGAAAA